UCCAUUGAGACAAAGAUUCCGUGCACUCACGUGAUGCAUAUUCCAUUUCAGUUUGCACCUAAAUACCUUAAAAAGAGUAGACUCUACUUUCUCUAGACUACCAUCACGGACAACCAGAUACCAAGAAAAUAGUUGAUAUCCCUCCGCACUUUGAAACCACCGUUCCUAAAUCACUAUCAACUUCGCCGUUGAACCCGCAGGCGAGGCUGAACGCGGACUAGCUCGAACCCUGAACCACGGUCCGCAGCCUCACCAGUUCCUCGACGACAUCUCUCCUGACUUAUUAGCUUUGAAACGUCAACGCCGCCGGACCAACACCACUACAUCAUAUACCAGCGCAACUCAAAUUCUUAGAGUACAAUUACCAAUACACUGCGAAGUUGAUCAAUCCAUAUCUUGACCAUGAACAAAUUACCAGCGGAGAUCCUGGAUGCGAUCCUGCUUUGGGUAGUCCGAAUAUGCAGAUGCGAGAAGAAUGUUAUACUCCCUUUGCGCCAGAUCUGCAAGGCUUUCGACGUAGCAUUGAAGCCAUACGCUUUCAAAUGUAUACAGCUGGAGUUCUCGAGGUUCAUGAAGUUCAGGACCGAUCCUAGGGAAUUGGAUCUCAAGGCUUUGAAAGAUGUGGGGAAGCUUUCCGAGUCUCUGUACUUGGACUUGAUGGUGGUGAGAGAUGAAGAGGAAAUUGAGCGUUUGACGACGGUUUUUCAGAGCCUCAUACCACGAGUCCCGGAGAUGACACCUCUUCUCGAUUCUCUCCACAAAUAUUGCAUGUCGGAAACAACGUUUGACGAGAUGGAUUACAGGCUGCUGGUGGAGAGUGUGCUUUUUAAUACCCCAAAUAUGACACGACUCAAGCUGAAUCUGCCUUUCCAAGUUGUUGGCCAGCAAAGUCGGACUGCGACCCUCCUCCUCGCUACGACUGUGGCAGCUUUAGCAUCGAGGCCAGAAGGAUCUAAAUGCGUGGAGCAUCUCGUUCUGGAUCACGUCAGCGAUACAACUUUAAUCGACAUAUGCAACAACCCACUCGAUAUCACAAAUACAAUGGAGGUGUUUAAGGGCUUGAAGCAUCUCAUAUUGUCCAUUAAGAGACAAGAGUCCCGUUACACUCGACAGAGUACAUUCGCUCAGAACCUGUGGCACCUCAUCGAGAAAGCUACCGAUCUUCGAAGCUUAUGUUUGAUAGGGUGGAAUGUCAAGAGGACUACCGAUAGUAGAGUACAUGUUCAUGGGGUUCAACAAUCAGUGUGGAACAUGCGAUCUCUACCAUUUGCAAGAGAAAAUCUUGCCGAGAAACUGUUGUCACUCAGAAGCUUGGAGUUAAAGCGAGUGGACAUGGAUCCCCACGCAUUCUUCGACCUACUUUCGCAGAUAUCGAAAACACUGAAAGAAUUAUAUCUUUUUGAAGUUUACUUGAAGGUUCGGAGCAGGCAAACAGGCAACACCUCCUUGUGGAUCGGCUAUCCAGGUAUUCCAAAACCAAGUGACUGCUGUUGGUUGGCAGAAGAGUUAUACAGACUUGAUACUCUGAACCUGGACAUCCUUCGCGUUAGUGGCAUAGGCUAUGAUGAUUUCGAGCCUCCACUUGAUAACGGACCGCCAGAAUACGAUCUCAAGGAUCCAUCUGACCGUGACCGGUCAUUUGAUGAGCGAUUUGUUCAAGCCGUAAUGAAGGCUUCAAGCUGUUCGGCAUCAUCAGCUACCGGUCCACACGCCACCUUGACUUCCAAGGACAGAGAGGCUAAGAGAAAGGAGCGUCAACGAUUAUAUCAUAAGAUGAAGGCCUAUGACGCAGAAACCUUUCAACGAACCCACAAUACGACUUCAUGGUUCAAACGCUGCGUGGAUGGGUACUUCUUCAAUCAUAAUGAACAGGCGUUGAAAGAGCUGCAGAAUAUUAUCACCGUUGCGGAUCGAGGCAUGACUCUUUUGCAAAACGAAAUGGAUAGAGCAAGGGAUGAGCAUAGGCAUCUUGGUGGAGUACCACCAGAUCAGACUCCAGCUCCUGAUGGAGGACGUUCAGCAAAUGCGGUACCUACAGGCGUAUCGAUUGGGACACAAACAGCAGGGCCAGGGAAUGGGGUAGGAGGAACAGGUGCCGCAACUUAG